AGUGUCCCUUUUUUUUAAGUUUAAUUAAUUUAACAAAAUAAAAAAAAAAAUGUCUAGUGAUAACGGAAGAGGAAUUAUACGUUUACCGAUAGAACAAGAUGAUCAGCAUUCACUAUUCUCGAGAUCAACUUUAAGAUGGUCAAUACCAUGUUGUAGUUCAGUUCAAUUAUUGAAUACAAGGAGCAGAGCAAUUCAGUUGUCUGAAGAUUCCGAUGUGGAAUGUGAAGAUCACUAUCCUGAAGAGUUCAUCAUUCCAACUGAGAUUACAACUUAUUCGGAGAAUAAGGCUAGAGCUAGGCAAAUCUUUUUACAACAUCAAAAUAGAAACUAUUUGCCCAUUCAUCUUUUUGUCGAAGCAGAUGCUAGUCAUAUUCAAAAUAGAUAUGAAGGAAAUGCUCACCUAGAAGAGGAACAUCAGCAUGAUUUUGUAAAAAAUGUUCACCAGCAGACUUUACAUUUAGGCGAGGAAGAACUUGUGGGUCUAAACCAAACUGCAUUGAGAAAAUACAAUCUUGAAUCUGAUGAUACGGAAUCAGGAGAUAGUUUUAAAUUUAAAUUAUGCAGUGACAAAGACGAUAGUUCUCUUACUAAUUUACAAUCGCUAUCCUAUGUUAAAACUACACCACCGUUAGAAAUGAUAAUACCAAAUGAUAAUAAAAGUCAAAGAAGAUCUAUAAUAGACAGCAAAGCUCCGCAAAUAGAAGAAACUGUGCUACAUCAUCUUCCUUUACCAAGACUUUCUCAAGAGAUACCCCAGAACAUGAUUCACCAAAAGCUUUUGUUCGAUAACUCAAUAAACGAUAGUGACCUUUUAACAUCCACCACUCAAGUCAUAGGCGAUAAAAGUUCUAAACUAUUUCCUAAAACAGAAGAAAGAAUUUUAGCUUGUAAUAGUAAAGACGAUAAAGAAGAACAGCAGAUUGUCAUUGAAGAUAAAAUUAAAAUAGGUAGUAAAGUUGCAAUAGUUGAGCAAGUGCAAGAUUUAGGAACCAGUACUUCAAUAUCAUUGGAAUCAUCAAAGAAAGAAGAACUAUUAUCUAGUAAUCAAAGAAUAUUAGUUGCGUCAAAACCAACAAUGAAUGACAAUGAAAAAUCCAGUAAUGUUGAGAAAAAAGAAAGAAAGCUCUCUAUAGUAGCUACAGCAGCACAAUCCAUUUUGGGUGACAAAUUAGAAGAUUUUACAGAAAAAUUAGCUUUUAUCAAAAAAACUAUUAUAAUGAAUAUAGAUUCAUCUGAUGAUGAAGAUGAGCUUAUGAGUCCUGAAAACCAAAAGAAAAAAAUAAAUAAUAAUAAUUUAGUAAAAAAUACAAACAGUUGUAACAGUGAAAGCAAUCUAGAGCAACAUCUGUCUGUAGUAACGGCUCGUAAAAGGACAGGCUCCAUUAUAGAUGUAGCACCUACCAUUACAAAGCUAAUCAAUCAGAUUGGUAAUAGUUUGAAUAUUAGCGAGGACAGAUCUCCAGCUCGUAUUCUCCCUUCAUCUCACUCCUCUGAAUUAUCCUCUUUUUCGCCUUCUUCUUUAUUUACAGCAUUUGCAGGCUCCCCGACAUCGGCUAUAUCAAAGAAGACACAAGAGGAAAAGAAAAAGGAUAUUAUAAAAGAAGAAGAAGAAGAAGAGGAUAAAGAACUAUUUGAUUUUACAAAAGUUAUUGAGAUUGGUAAAAAUGUUCGACAUUUUAGUGAAGGUUUUGUUGAAAAUGGGUUUCGUAUUUUUUCUGAUGUUGCUACUCGAGUGAAGACUUCAGUUGACAUAAAAGAGCCAGAUUAUAUUUUAAAGCAAGAAAAUAGUAGCACUUCUACUAUUUCAUCAAUGAAUAAUGAUGAAGCAUGGAUGCAUAAUUAUCUAUAAUAUAAAUUGUUUAUUCAAUAUGACUUUAAUAAUUAAUUAUCAC